UUUUCAGCUUCUACCCAGACAUUCCUGGAAGUUCAAGGCAUUUUUGAUACAUAUAAAGGCAAACCACUUGAAUUUCGACAAGUUUUGAUCUGAAAUUCAUAUAUUCUGGGCUCUCCGGUGAUCAAAGUCCGUAGAUUCUCCACAUAUGGAAGAAACCCAUAUCAAAUCAGAUUGUGAAGAAGCGAAAGAAAUUCAGAUCAAAUCAGAUUUUGAAGAACAGGAAGAAAUUCAGGUCAACCCAGAUUGUGAAGAAGCCGAUGACGAAUUUUCAGACAUCACCCUCCGGCCAUUCGAUCGCUCCGACGUUGAUGACUUCAUGGUAUGGGCUAAAGAUGAGAAAGUAAGCAAAUUUUGCACUUGGGAGCCUCACAUCUCCAAAGAAGAGACCAUGAAUUAUAUUAUUGAUUAUGUUCUUCCUCAUCCUUGGUACAGAGCAAUCUGUCUCAAAAACCGGCCUAUCGGUGCCAUUACAGUGAGACCAAACCAAGGCAAUUAUAGUUGCAGAGCUGAGCUUGGUUAUGUCCUAGCAUACAAUUAUUGGGGCAAAGGAGUUAUGACAAGAGCUGUGAAAAUGGCGGAAACCGCCAUUUUUACUGAGUGGCCACACCUUCAGAGGCUUGAGGCUCUGGUGGAUGUGGAUAAUUCAGGUUCGCAAAGGGUGUUGGAGAAGGCUGGGUUUCAGAGGGAAGGUGUUCUGAGGAAGUAUAGGAUUCAGAAAGGGAAAGCAAUAGAUAUGGUGAUGUUUAGUUUUCUCUGUACUGAUUCAGUAGCUCACUAUUAUAUGAAUAGGGUGGGGGUUCCAAGCCAUAUGACCCUCCUUCGAUUUGCAGCAUGGGAGAAUUAUCUUACUACCCUUGUUCUUGAAGGGUGAUUUUCAUGCUGUUGUAAAAGAUACUAUGUCUAAUGAGGAUGGUCUUUUGGCUUUUGUAUUGGUAGUAGUUUUUUAAUGAAUUGGAUUUUGAUCUAAGUGUUGUUAUGCUUAUCCAAAUUUGAUUAAUUGGAUAUAAAUUGA